UUAAUUAGGGAUGAUGAUAAAGCAUUCCAGGCCUAGCUAUCAGUAGGAAACCAUUGCCACAAUUAUGGCUGAGGGAAUGAGUAGAAUAAAUGAUUACAAAAGGAAAUAUGAAAGUAGGAGACGCCUAUCCAACAAGACCUGUGACCCUAGUUUAAGGUACCCUGUUACUGAUAAACCACGGGAGAGGCCCAGGAGAAUAAACCCUGACAUUCUUUUCUUCACACCCUGUCCUCUAACAUUCAUCUAGUACUUCCUGUUGACCAGAGAAGAAGGAGGCCUGGUUGAGAAACACCAUGGAACCCCGCCAUGGAAGAGAAGAGUGAGAAUAGACCUGAAGGGCCGAGAGGAGUAUAUCUUGCUCACUUUCCAACACUUUAUUAAAUUGUUUUCCUAGGUAAGAUGGUGAGCAUUCCUAUUUUGGAAAACAGAGAACAUGGUAGAAAUAAGUAAAUUGUCUUCCAACUUAAAUUUGUACAAUUAAUGUUUAUUGACCUCCACUCUGGUUCAAACAUUAAAGUAGAUCUGGGGAUAAAGAGGUGAAGAAGGCAGAUACAGCUUUCCUUCUCUGUGGCUUAUUUAAACGGUUUUUGAAUGGAAGAGUGAGGUGAUUUAAUCUUAAUCUGUAUAUCAACAGUGUGUAAAACAAGAACCAAGAGUUGGUUAGAAGCCAAAGCUCUUAACCACUGCCCCACCAGGGCCCUUCAUAUACAGGUAUAUAUAUAUAUAUAUACAUAUAUGUGUGUGUGUUUCUACGUGUAUGUGUUGUUGUCUUUGUUGUGUGCUGUGGGGUUGAUUUUUACUCAUAGUGACUUUAUAUUACACAGUAGAACUGCCCCAUAGGGUUUCAUAGGCUGAAAUCUUUAUGAGAGCAGAUGGCCAGGUCUUUUCUCCCACAGAGUGAUUCAUAGGUUUGAACUGCCAAUCUUUUGGUUAGCAGCUGAGUGCUUAACUGUUGUGGCACCAGGGCUCCACACCCACACGUAGAUGAGUUCCCUAACAUUUCCUGCUGGCUGAGAAGGAGUUGGGUUUAUUACAUGAUGAGCUCCCUGUGCCUGAAUAUCCUCGAGCAAAUGCCCAGUGACCACUUGUCACAAGAUGUUGUAGAUGACAUUCCAGCACCAACAGAAAAAGCUGGAUUAGACAGCCUCAAUGGUUCUAAUCUUUUUGUAAAAUAGAAAUUGCAUAUUUUUUUCUCUUCUUUUAUACUGUAAAGGAAAAUAGUUUGUAUUUUUAAAAUGCUUUGUUCUUAUUUGCAAACCCAAAAUCUCAUCACCCUGCUAUUAAAAAUGUUGUCUUUAUAGGAUAAUCCCAAUAUCUGUGUUCAUCAUCAGCACUGAAGUGAAAGAAAACAGGAUGAAUGUGACUGACUUAAUUCUAAUAGGACUUACACAGAAUCCUCAGAUGCAGAGAAUUCUAGUUGUUGUUCUGUUUAUCACCUACAUUGUCACUGUUACAGGAAACCUGCUCAUUGUGGUCACCAUAAUCUACAGUCAGACAUUGAAAUCCCCGGUGUAUUUCUUCCUGGCCUUCUUAUCUUUGAUAGAUGCCUGCUACUCCUCUUCCAUAAUCCCCAAAAUGCUAGCUGACUUGCUCUCUGAGACAAAAACCAUCUCCUUCAGAGGCUGCAUGACACAGAUCUUUACUGAACAUUUCUUAGGUGGUUCUGAGGUUGCCCUCCUUGUGGUCAUGGCCUAUGACCGCUAUGUGGCCAUCUGUAGACCUCUGCACGAUGUGACCAUCAUGAACCACCAUAUAUGCUGCCUUUUGGUGGGGGUGUCUUGGACAGUGGGUUUUUUCCACUCUAUUGGACAGAUUCUUGUCACUUUCUGGCUCCCAUUCUGUGGCCCCAACAUCAUGUAUCACUUCAUGUGUGACGUCUUUCCUCUGAUACAACUUGCCUGCACAGACACUUUCCUUGUUGGUCUCUCAGUUGCUACCAAUGUUGGGGUAAUCUGUGUAAUAUCCUUUGUAAUGUUGUCGAUAUCCUAUGUUGCUAUCCUAUAUUCCUUGAGGACUCAGAACUCUGCAGGGAGGAAAAAGGCCCUCUCUACCUGUGGUUCCCACAUCACUGUUGUUGUCUUGUUCUUUGUGCCCUGUAUUUUUAUGUAUAUGCGACCAGUAGCCACCUUCUCCGUGGAUAAAUCCAUAACUGUCUUGUAUACUCUUGUCACUCCCAUGUUAAAUCCCAUUAUCUACACAGUAAGGAAUGCAGAAGUAAAAAAUGCCAUCAAAAUAUUAUUGAAAAGAAAUGUAAUUUCAGAUAAUAAAUGACCCAGCAUGAAGAUUGUAUUUCUAUCAUAAUCUUUACAUUUUGUUUUAUGUUACAUACAUAUAUGUGUAAAAAUGUAUAUGUUUGUGUGAGUAUAUAUAUAUAUAUAUGUAGCUCUUUCUCACAUAUAUCACUUAACUUCCAUAGAACCUUUGCGCAAGAAUGGCAUGGAGGUGGUGUCUGACCUCCUCUAUCUUCACAAGGAGGAAGAAGAAUCAAAAUUAGCAACCCAAGCCUGAUUCCUCAUGGAAGUCAGACAUGCCUCCUCUCUCUACCAUCUUUACUAAUUCUGACACCAGCUGCCCCUCCUAUGGCACUCUCUACUUCUCUGCUGAGUUCAAUAAUUCAUUGCAAAGGCCACACAGAAGUCACAGACAAUACUCACUAUUAUGGUGUUUAUUAGGGAAGUAACAGUUACAAUUCAGUCCCAAGAACAUUCAAUAUACAGUGCUUCCAUAAAGAACAGCUGUGCUGAAAGGCACACCUCUCCCUGGUCUUAGACAUAUGCCCAAAGGCACUCAACUUUCUCCAUGAGCCUGGAAACCCACCGGGUGGUUGCCUGCUGCUGGAUGUCUCCUGCUGGGUCUUUUCUGCCACUGCUUCUCACCAUCUUCAGGGUUACAGCUCACUCUCUCUGUUGGUCUCCUGCUUCCAGGAGCUUCUCAGCACAGGGACCCCAGGUCCAAAGGGCAUGCUGGCUUCUGGCUGUUCUUCCCUGGCAGUGGUGGGAUCUUCUCUUUUCCCCCUCUGGGGUGGCUGAUUUCAAGCCCAGCAGGAUGACAAAACUGACCAAUCCCUUUGGUGGGCCAUAAUUACCCCACCACUCAAUCGCACCAAUCUCCUGGGAGGGAUUACAAGACCAAGGCUAUUAAGUCCUCACAAAAG